AUGGAGACAACUCUGGAACAUGCGGAGAAAAGUGACCCUCCGGCAUACGCCAUCCAUCCUCCAAAUCAACCGCCCCAACAACCUUAUCCAAAUCAACCGUACCCACCUCAACAACAGACCAAUCCACCCCAACAACCGUACCCCCAGCAGCCACCUUACCCACAGCAGCCAUACGUCUACACAACUGGACAACCACAGCAAAUGAACCCUGGAAAUGUUGUCCAAAUAGGCCAGCCUGUGACAGUCCUCUACAAUAGGCCCACCCUUAAUUUCACGGGGGCCAUUAUUUUCUCGUGCAUUGCUGGUUUUGAAAAGUUCCAACCACCGCCAAACUAUUCUGCGGAACCAACUGCUCCGAACCCGACCGAUCCAACGUACCAACGUUUGCAUCAGCAACCCAACUUUACAGAACAAUACCCUCCCACUCAGUACCCUGCACAGCACCCUCUCUAUGGCCAGCCCGCGUAUGGCCAACCUCCAAAUGGCCUGCCCCCGUAUGGCCAGCCCGCAUAUUCUCCACAAUAUGCUUACGGGCAGAAUCAGCACACCACAAAUAUAGUUCAAGUUGGUCAUGCACCUCCUCCAGCUGUAUACUUCGCCAACCGACCGUACAUCAACUUCACCGGAGCCAUCGUCUUCUCGUGUAUUGUGUACUGGCUGUUUGGGUGUCUGUUUGGUAUGGUUGCCUUCAUUCUUGCAAUGGUUGGUCAGUCGCAGUCAACGAACGGUGAAGUAAGAUCGGCCAGAGGUCUGUUGAUAGCUUCAUAUGUGCUUUCCACAGUUGGAAUGAUACUUGGUAUCAUUGCCUUCAUCGUCAUCGUCGUUGUAUUGACCAAGAACCCUUACUACAAAUCAACAUCAUGCUACUACUAUGGUUCUUCCUAUAUAUGCUAUUGAUGAAGUUUUUAGUAGUAUCAUAUGAUUUUAUUCCAAGUACUUAUGAAUGUAUUGGGAAUACAGUUCAGUACUUUUAAAUGUAUUUUUAAUGAUUUUUUUGUUAUUGUAGCUAUAAGCCUUAUAAAUGUUAUUAAUGGCACAAAAAUUUUUAUUGUUAGUGAUGAUAUUUCGUUAUCGCGAUACUAUGUACUUGUUGGACGAUACAGAUGUGUUCAUGUUAAUAAAGGUAAAGAUAUAAAGUAUGACAUAAUUUUACUUAUGAUGGUAUGUUACUAUGGGUAUAGUAAUACUUAAUGAUGUUGUUUAAGAUGUUUAUGAGACUACUACAAUCAAUUUUUGUUUGGGAGGUCAUCUCCAUAAAGUAGGAAAUGUAUUGAUUUAAUUGGUAUGACCGCGCUUGAAUUUAAGUCAAACGUCUAUUUUUUUCAAAAUAUUCAAAAUGUAGUAGUAAGAUUAAUUUUUGGAGUUUUAGGUUUUUGGUGAUAAAAAUGUAUAAACGUUUAAUUUUAAUUAGUUAAACAAUGAGUUAUUUGCUAAGAUCUAAAAGUUUUUUAUUGUUUUUUUUUUUUUGUUAAUUUUCGCAUGCUAUCUUUACAAACCUUUGAGUGAUUUAACGAUAUUUCUUUUACGCUGCUAACUUUCGUCAUCUUAUGUUUGAUUUGAUUCAUUUUGGAAAGAGAACUUCAACAUUUUUUUUACCUAAAUAGUACAUUAAUCAUUAAUUUUUAAAAUCUUUUGAUUGCUUAUCAAAAAUAAAAUUUCAUUCCUGUUUGUC